UCAUGGAUAUGUGUGCUAUCUCUUCAUGCCCUAGCUAGCCAUGCCAGCUAAUUAAUUAACAACAAUUAAUUUUAUUCCAUCAUCUAUAUAUGUGCGUUCUCUGCCUGCCUAGGCAGAAAAUAGAAGCCAAAAUGUGCAGAAAACGCGUCGACGGUGACACCCACCCCGCCACCGGCCGCCGGCCAGCGGUGGAGGCCAUUGGAGGUCGCCGCCGUCGCCGCGACGAGGAGGAGCUGGAGGAGGAAGAAGAUGAGUACAUGCAGUUCGAGGAGGAGUUCCUGAUGUUCUGCGCGAGGGAGGAGGAGAAGAUGGCCGCUGCUUCUUCACUCCGAUCUGCAACUGCUGUCACAGAAUUGCUUGAUACAGCCAAGAAGCCGCGGCUUGAAAAACCAACCAAAGAUGAGGAGGCCGCGUCGGAGAAGAAGAGCACUGGAGGCCGCCGCAUCGGCGGCAAAGCCAGACGGCGGCCGAGGAAGAGCAAGCACGGCUUCCGCGGCGUCCACCAGCGAACGUACGGGCGGUGGGCGGCGGAGAUCAGGGACGUCAUCAAGGGCAGCCGCCUCUGGAUCGGCACCUACGAGACGGCGGAGGCGGCGGCGCGGGCUUACGACGCCGAGGCCCGCAGGAUCCACGGCCCCGACGCCUGGACCAACUUCCCCCCGCCACCGCCACCGCCACCGCCACCGUCAACUCCACCACCGCCGCCGCCGCCUCCACCGCCGUCUCCGGCUGUCACCAGCAACACGGCCGAGCCUGCUGUGGCUCUUCCGGCAGCCGGCGAGCCAGCAGCGGCAGCAAAGGCGCCCGUCCCGGCGGUGCUGGCCCGUGCACUGGAGGCCACCAACGGCUGGGAGUUCGAGCCGUACAGUAUGGGGCUGCUCGGCACCGUCUCUGGGAUGCUGGCCUACGGCGGCUACGACGACGACGACGAGCCGGAGGAGCUGAUGCCGCCGGGCGACGACGGCGGCUGCCUCUGGCUGUUCUAGCAAGCUAGCUCAUCGGUGUCUGAGCUUGCUAGCAUCAAUAACGAGUGAGUGCUCUGUACUUCCUGCUGUCGCCAUGCCAUCGUAUGUUCGUAGUAUCGUACAUCGUAAUUCUACGUAUCUACAUCUCCACGUACGUACUACCACUCGCUAUAUACAUGUACCCAGCAGUUAUAUCGUAUGUGUGUACGAUGGAGCUCAGGCUGCUUAAUUAGCUCCAUUAAACACAAUUAAAUAAUGCGCAGCCAUGGUUAUAUUUAUGAACAUGCAUGUAUCCUUGCUAAAAACAUAAUGUAAAAUUAUUAAUACGAUGCU